GAGAGGGCGGACGAGAACGACGUAGUGAGAGGAGUCACAGUUCAGUUGAGGCGCAAGGGUCCUCCGGCUAAGGACUACGGUCCCUGGCAGUCCGGGACAUUAUGCCAGGCGGCGAGGGGUCCCCGAUCAAUCUCCUCGACCACCACCAUCAUCAUCGCGCGUCGGCCACGUCCACGACGGACGAGUGCGCGAACGGCGACGAUGUUAGGACCGCGUCGUCGGCGACGAACACCGGCGCGACCUUCACCAGCGCGAUGACGAGCGCCCUAGCGGGCGACGGUCUCCGUCGCAGAAAGGUCAUACACGCGGCCCGAGAGACCCUCGAUAAGGCGUCCCGUCUUUUAAGACGGAAAAUACCGUGUACAGGCCAUUUAAUGACCCCCCGCCGCCUAUGGAUACAAAAGGUUCCUACUCAGGAAUGCGAUGUAGUCAUGAUGUUCCCCAGCGGGGCGAACGACGAGACCUUGAUGUGGCUUCUAGGUCGGCUCCGGGCUGGAACCCCGGGGCUAAUAGUUCACGUGCGACAUCACGCCUCGUCGGACAGUUACGGGUUUUACAUUACGGCACCAUUUAGCGUUCUGCUCAAGGCCGCCGAGGAGGUGCAUCUUCCGAAGUCCCUGAGACAGGAAUUCGGCGGUGGAUUCAAAGAGUUCGUCGGCUCCGAAGCUAACUGCUUCGAAGGUAGCGACGACGAGAUCCGGUUCUUCACUACCCAAGAGAAGCAAUCCCUUGUGCUGCACCUACUUCAUACCCUGAGGGCCGGCCCUCACGAUCUCCAUAGUCUAUCCGGUCUUAAGAUGGUGGAGGGUCAAGCGAUUAUCCCAAAGUGCAUUUCAUCCGGUAUUAUUUCUCAGGUCUUCCCUCUUCAUGAACUACCCGCGUUAGAGAAACUGCAACGGAGUUGGGUCCGCGCGUUCCUCAGCCCUCAACCGUUGGAUGAUAUUUGUAAAUACUUCGGGGUGAAAAUCACCAUGUACUUCGCCUGGCUCGGCCACUACACCACCGCUUUGAUCGUUCCAGCUGCAGUGGGUGUCAUAUACUGGGUCGGCAUCAUCGGCAGGAACCAAGCGGUGGAGGACGUGGCGUACGUUCUGUUUUCGGUGUUCAACGUGAUAUGGGCUACCGUAUACCUGGAAACGUGGAAAAGGAGGGGCGCGGAAUUGGCGUACAGGUGGGGCACUUUGGAUCAGAGGGACGAUUUGUUGGUCGAGCCUAGACCUCUGUUUACAGGAACCUUGGAAGUCUCGCCAGUAACGGGCAGGCUAGAACCGACGUAUCCCAGGUGGCGGAGAAACAUGUUUCGGUACUUCGUCAGCGUGCCUAUUAUCGCUAUCUGUUUACUCUUCGUCUUCAUCGUCAUGAUUCUGAGUUUUCAGAUACAGGACUGGUGGGACGCGCAUCUUGAAUCCGGGGGCUAUGGAUUCUGGCUUAGUUACGUGCCAAAAGUGUUACUCGCGGUGGUGAUUGCAUUGAUGGAUGAAGCGUACUUCAAAGUCGCGGUGUGGUUAAACGACUUGGAAAACUAUCGACUAGACACCGAGUACGAGAAUCAUCUGAUCUACAAAGUGGCACUGUUUCAGUUUGUUAACUCCUUCCUAUCGCUGUUCUACAUCGCCUUCUAUCUUCAAGAUCAAGAGAGACUCAAGGAGCAAUUAGCGGCUCUACUCAUAGCUCGCCAGGUGAUCGGGAAUCUGAAGGAAUCCGCGGUGCCGUACCUGAUCGAGCAGCUACGGCUGGCGCGGCUGAGCUUCGAGCUGUUCGGGGCCCUGAGUCCCAGCGAGGCGAGGCCACCCCCCGGCCAGGAGGGCGAGGAGCUGCAGGGCGGUAAAGACAGCGAGGAGAAGGACGAGCGACUUGACAGCGGCAAAUCGAAGCAACCGCGAAACGUCAGCCAGGCAGAACUGGAGAGUUCCCUCUACAGAGUAGGGCAUCCCACUAAUUCUCUACUUAGUGACGUUACGUUCAAGUACGACGGGGCGUUUUCAGAGCAUCUGGAAAUGUUGUCGCAACUGGGAUACGUCUGUCUCUUCUCUUCCGCAUUUCCACUAGCCGCGAUGGCCGCAUUACUUGGGAAUCUGCUCGAAUUACGCGGCGACGCGUUCAAACUGUGUUUCGUGCUUCAACGACCUUUCGGGCGUAGGGUAUCGAAUAUCGGCACAUGGCAGAACGCCAUGGAAGCGAUGGGCCUGGUCGCCAUUUUGGUAAACUGCGCCCUAAUCGGACUAAGUGGGCAGGUGCAACGAAUGUUUCCGGAGAUGUCAGCAACGCAAACGAUUUUACUAAUCGUGGCACUGGAGCACAUAAUGUUCGCUAUUCGAUUUGUGAUUAUUUGCGCGAUUCCCGAUAUACCUCAUUGGGUCGCCACCGAAAUGGCUAAGGUGGAAUUCUUAAGACGCGAGGCAGUCCGAAGGCUAUCCUCGACUCCGUCACCGGAACAACAGCCGACAACAGUGAUAGGGAGAUUCGUGGUGAGUCCAGCAGACGGAGACAGCGAUGAGCAGCGCUUGCUUUCCGAACGCGCCGGCUACGCGACUACGUCCAGUCGCGCGGACACCCCGACCCUGGCCUCGACCGCCGCCCACACGCCAAGCGGGCCGACAACGCCGAGCGCCGCGUCGGUGCCGAGGAUCGCGGAGACACCACCUCUGGCUGGGACCCCCGGCAGCGGCGGGAGCAGCAGCGAGACCAGCCCGUUCUUACCCGAGGGCAAUUCCAACGUCACCCGGGACAUUCGUAACACGCCGAGAUGUUCUAUACCCGGAGGCGAACGAGGAAGACGCUCGAGGGAAUGGUUGAGCAACGAACCGGAAGCUUCCGGCACCAACGAUCAGUAUAGCCACCAUCUGACCAUCGGACCACACGGUGGCGUUGAUUGGGUACGUCGGUUAGGUCUGGAGCCGGGUGGACGGAAAUCGAGUGAUUCCGAAAUCACCGGUGCCGCUGCAGUAAGCGGACGGGAGGAGGAGUUAACUUUGCACAGGUCAACCGAUUGUAUCGUCUCCAAAGAGCUCGCCUCUUCCUCGGAUAGCGAUCUUCUCAGGUACAAGGAAUAAAAUACACGUACCGCGACUUUUCUACGAUAAAAUACCUGUUCCGAUUGCACAUUUUAUCAACCGCCAGGAGAAUCCCUCAGCCGUCUUUUUUACCGACACAGUCGGACAUAAUUUUUACGCUUGUAAAUCCUUUUAUUAGCUUUUAUGCCCAAAAUAAUACUAGGAUAAGUUGCGGACCGCAUACGAAAACACUUUCAUACUUCAAACACUCAGUUCAGAA